GCCGGCAAGAACGGACGAAUUGACCAAACGAAUCCUGAACACCGAUUUUCCAGUUAGCCAAGAUGGCAUACUCCCAUCACUACAAUGCGGACCGCUUGUCCUCACAGGCGGAGGCCACUGCGGCCGUCUGUAUGGAGAAUCUUUCUAACUGGAUGCCCGCCGUCGAUGAAAUUCGCACCUGGCCAGAGUACACUGAACAACCCCUGCGCGUCCUCCCCAAACUCGCACGGAAACUGGGAAUCCAGGAGAUAUUUGUCAAGGAUGAGAGCAAACGCUUUGGAACCGAGCUCGGCUCCUUCAAGGCGCUGGGUGCGCCUUACUCGGUUUACAGGAUCUUAGCGGAGGAGGUACACGCCAAGAAGGGUGUCUGGCCUUUAGCAGCUGAGCUCCGCACCGACAAGUAUCGGGAUAUCACGCAGCGCGUCACCGUCUGCGUCGCGACGGACGGCAACCAAGGCCGUGGGUUGGCGUAUGGUGCUCAGAUUUUCGGCUGUCGCUGCGUCGACUACAUUCACAACCACGUCAGCGACGGUCGCGCCAAGCGUAUGAUGGACUUGGGUGCGAUUGUGAUUCGAAUUGACGGCGAAUAUGAAGCUUCGGUUAACCGAGCUAAGGAAGAUGCUCGCAUGAACGGCUGGUACUUCGUCAGUAGCACCUCCUGGUCCGACUUUGAUAACGACGUGCCUCAGCAUGUAAUGAACGCCUACAUGGUACCUGCUAAAGUGCCCCGCUUUGUUGUUGUUGAACCUUGUGAGGCAGACUGUCUCCUGCAGAGCGCGAAGAACGGCGAGGCUCGUCAUGACUUUAUUGCCGUUCCCGAUUCCGUCGCGGUGGAGGGCAUGAAGGCGUUAGCUAAUGGCCACGAGGGUGAUGUGCCCGUAGUGUGUGGCGAGUCGUCAGCUGCCAGCAUGGGCGUUAUUCUAGGAUCUGGCUCAGAUCCAACCCUUCGUGAGAAACUGGGACUGGAUGAGAAUAGUCAGGUCGUGAUCUUCGGACUGGAGGGCGCAACUGACCCCGAGAUCUACGAGUCCCUAGUGGGCCGGUCACCCGCCGCCGUGUUUGAAGCUCAAGAUCGUUUCGCU